AUGAAUGACCUUAUUGAGAAGCUGUGUAUGAAUGGGUACUAUUCAAAAAGCGAAAGGUCGGUCAAGAUUGAAACUGUGGGAAGGCCUAAAGGUAUGUUAGUUGUUUAUACCCAUACUUCUCUUUUAGCUCAGAAUGAAUUGUUAAAGAAAAAGCUAGCUGAAAGCAGCUUAGGUUGGAAGGAUCACCCAAAUUUUCAUUGGAGCAAUAAUCAAAAUGAAAAUGUCAACCAAGGUUUUUUGGUGAUUACUAAAAAGGGUGAAGCUGAAAUAGUUAAAGAGGAUGUGAUUGAGAAAAAAGAAGGUGGAAUUGAAAAAGAGGAGAGUGGAAAUCAAGGUGGCCAAAAGAAAAUUAAAGUCACCAUUGAUAAAAUUAUAGAUGAAAACUCUCCUUGGAGAAGAACAAAGAAGCUGAUCUUGAAUGAACCAAACCCUUAUUUAUCGAAUUACAUAAAACCUCUAUACUCGAUAAUUAAAAAGAAAUCGGUUCAAGAUGAUGAGGAAUUACUAAAGGGGAUGCAAGAAAAAGUGGUCAAGGAACAUGUAAACAUGACCGAAAAGGAUGAUAUAGUAACACCUCAAUCCUUUCCACCAAAGUUAAAAGACCCAGGUAAGUUUACUAUUUCUUGUAAUAUCGGUGGAGUGAAGAUUCCUCAUGCUUUAUGUGAUCUUGGAUCUAGCAUAAGUGUCAUGCCACUGAAAAAAGUUAAGGAAUUGAAAGUGGAUGAGAUCACACCGAGUAACAUGACUCUCAUUCUAGCCGACUCAUCUAUUAUUCAACCGCUUGAUUUUGUAGUGCUUGAUACAAAAGGAGAUUCACGAGGAUAUGCUAUUCUUAAAUGGCCAUUCUUGGCAACUGGGAAAGCAAAGAUAGAUGUCGAAACUAGUGAACUUACUUUGGAGUUCAAUAAAGAAAAAGUGAUUUUCAAGGUGUAUGACUGA